CGGUCUCUAGUUCCUUUUUCUUCUUUCUUCACUGUAGAAUCCGUCGACAAAAACUAGCUUCAAUGGCAUAAUGAGCAUUGAAAUCUGCAAUUUCUUCUUCACGGAAGAAGAAGAAGAUGGCUUUGGAGAAAGAAGAAGAAGCGUCACAAAACGCACCGUUUUGUGUCCUUGAUGGGCUCUAUUGUGAGGAAGAAACCGGGUUUGUGGAAGAAGAAGAUCUUGAUGACGGAGAUUUAGCUUUUCUCGAGAAAUCUGAUGAGAGUGUCGUAAAGUUUCAGUUUUUACCUCUUUUGGAUAUGUUUUUAUGGGAUGACGAUGAGCUUAUGAGUCUGAUUUCAAAGGAAAACGAAACGAAUCCAUGUUUUGGGGAAGAAGUCUUAGAUGGGUUUUUGGUUUCUUGUAGAAAAGAGGCUUUAGAUUGGGUUUUUAGGGUUAAAUCUCAUUACGGGUUCUCUUCAUUGACGGCUAUUCUUGCUGUGAACUACUUCGAUAGGUUUAUGACAAGUAUAAAGCUUCAGACUGAUAAGCCAUGGAUGUCUCAGCUUGUAGCUGUGGCUUCUUUGUCUUUAGCUGCUAAAGUUGAAGAGAUUCAAGUUCCAUUACUCCUAGACCUCCAAGUGGACGAAGCAAGAUACGUCUUUGAAGCUAAGACUAUACAAAGAAUGGAGCUUUUGAUUCUUUCUACUCUUCAGUGGAGAAUGCACCCUGUGACUCCAAUCUCUUUCUUUGAUCACAUUAUCCGGCGAUUUGGUUCUAAAUGGCACCAGCAAUUGGACUUCUUUAGGAAGUGUGAGCGUCUUCUGAUCUCUGUUAUUGCUGAUACGAGGUUUAUGAGUUACUUCCCUUCUGUCUUAGCUACUGCAAUAAUGAUCUUUGUCAUUGAGGAUUUGAAACCAUGUGAAGAAGUUGAAUACCAAUCUCAAAUAAUGACUCUACUCAAAGUUAAUCAGGAGAAAGUAAAUGAAUGCUAUGAACUAUUGCUGGAGCACAAUCCAAGCAAGAAGAGGAUGAUGAAUUUGCUUGGUCAGGACAGUCCAAGUGGUGUGUUAGACUUUGACGACAGCUCAAAUAGCUCCUGGAAUGUCUCUACUACUGCUUCAGUGUCCUCAUCAUCUUCAUCUCCAGAGCCUCUGCUUAAGAGAAGAAGAGUGCAGGAGCAGCAAAUGAGAUUGCCUUCAAUAAAUCGUAUGUUUCUCGAUGUGCUUAGUAGUAGUCCUCGCUAGUACGUACCUUUCUUUGAUCAAAUGUGUCAAAACAUAAAUUCAGUCUCUCUUU